CGGUGAUGACGACGCCACUCUCGCGUCGGCUACUCUAAACGAGUUUAAGACAGCCUGGCUCGGAUCGAACACUCGCAACACUUACCUAGUCAUUUGGUGCAAGUAGUCGGCCGCGGACGUUUUCAAAGUUCACUCUAUCUCGCGUUUGAGCAAACGGGAUCGCACAAGAGGAAUCGAUUUGUGAAACCGACCUUGUUAUACACGUAACAGAAUGAAAGAUAUUCGCUCGCAGAAUAUAUGCAGUAGGAGUAAACGGAAAUGUGAACACACCAAAGAAACUCCGGAAAUGCUUCGUGCGGCGUUUGAGACUAGUAAUACCUUUGACUAAUCUUAUAGACGUUUUUAUUGGUCACGGUCUAUUUAUAUUCACACUCAAACGCCAUCGAUGAUAGUAUUAGUAUCCAAUAGUAUACAAGCCGAACAACGGCUCGUGAAAUGAUCAAUUAAUCAUCAAAUUGGUGAAGGAAGGUUCUUUGACCGUUUCAGAAAAAUGGUUACGUCGUCUUGGAGAACUUUUUUCAACCGGAAGAGAUCGAAGAAAUGCGAUCUUGCGGAGAAGAAUUUACGAACAAGCUACCACCUGAAUCGGAACGAAAAAUAUUUAAUACAAUAGAGCUACAACAGAAUAAGGAUCAGUAUUUUUUAGACAGUGCUAAUAAAAUCAGUGUUUUUUUUGAGACUGAAGCUCUGGAAGAAGACGGAAAAUUGAAAGUUCAUCCAAGAGUGUCAUUAAAUAAAAUAGGUCAUGCUCUUCAUUGGUUACAUCCUACUUUUAAGAAAUACACUUUUGACGAAAGAAUUAAGGAAGCUGCUUAUCAAUUAGAUUAUCAAGAACCAGUUGUGUGUCAGUCAAUGUAUAUUUACAAAAAUCCUGGAACAGGAUCGGAAGUUAUUAUGCAUCAAGAUGCAUCGUAUUUGUAUACUGAGCCAGUAAAACUUGUCGGAUUUUGGAUUGCACUCGAAGAUGCUACACAGGAAAACGGAUGUUUAUGGAUUGCCCCAGGUUCACACCAAAGUGGAGUGCACAGACGUUACAUAAGAAACAAAGAUCAAAAUUCACAAGAACUAUUAAUUUACGACAGAGCGGCGCCUUGCUAUCCGUUAAGUAACUUUAGGCCAAUACCAGUGAGCAAAGGAACCUGUAUUCUUAUACACGGCCAAGUGGUACACUUCUCUUAUCCAAACAAGAGCAAAAACUCGAGACACGCUUAUACUUUUCACGUCAUAGAGACAAAACACGUAUCCUAUGCAAAGGACAAUUGGCUUCAACCACCUGAUGAUGGUUUUCCGAAUCUCUAUAGAAAUUAGAUAUAAUAUUCGAUAUAAUAUUCGUUAUUAUACUUAAUAUAUACAUUAUAUGUACAUAUAUACGU